UUUUUUUAUUUCACCCUGCUCAGUUUGGCAACAUUAAGAUGUACAAUGUUGCACCGCGAAAUGAUAUUUGUUGCACAAGUCGAAAAGAAUCGCAAAAUAAUAUUAUUUGUCAUUGAUUAUUUUAUUUCUUAAUCUGUAUAACUAUAUUUGAUGUAUUUAUUUAUGACAACAUGAAAUGCGUUUGCUAUUAGUUUUGUUCUCUGUUGUGUUUUCGAGAUUGAAUCAAUUGCUGCAACAAUGUUGUAAUAGAAUAAAUAAACAUGGUUUGGGGUUUAUGCUUUAGAGACUUAUUGCCCAAAUUGUACUUAUUCUGAUUAAUCAUAAUUUAUUUCAUGUUCUGAAGUUCGCUUAACGUAUUUAAAAGCAUGAACUCUGAAGUUGUAGUAGUAAAGAUUGAAGUUGGCCAUAAAGCUGUUUUGAAACCUAAAGAAACUCCUGAUGGCCACACUCAUGAUUGGACGGUCUUUGUUCGGGGUGCGGAAGACAAUAAGAUAGAACACUUUGUUGAAAAAGUUAUAUUUUCUCUUCAUCCGAGCUUCCCAAAACCUAAAAGAGUUGUAAAAGAACCACCUUUUGCAGUCUCAGAAACUGGAUAUGGUAGUUUUACUAUGCCUAUAGAUGUAUACUUCAAGUCGAAUGAAGAACCUAAGAAAGUACGAUUUAACUAUGACUUGUAUGUGAAAGUAGGCUCAACUUUUUCCAAUAUUCGCUUGGAAAAAAUGACUUUUAAAAAUCCUGCACAGGAAUUAAGAGAAAAACUUUUGAAAGCUGGCGGGGUAACAAGCUUCACUAGUUCCGACAGUGAAAGUGCAUUUUCGCACACCCAAGACAGUAACAAUUCACAGGAUGCUGAAGAACUCCCUGUUUCUACACAUCCAAAAAGCAUUGCUUCCAAAAAACCUAGGCCUGUUCUCCCAACAAAGGAAAAGAAGAAGAAAAAGAAGGAAUUCUCAAAGGUCCCGCAUGACCCUCCAAAGCCACCACCUGUCAAACCUGCUUCUCCAGCUCCUGCAUCUAAAUCUGCUUCUAGUCAGCCAAUUCCAGAAGUUUUUGGAGGCCAGAUAAAAUCCAAAAAUUCACCCGAUACAAAAUCAAAGGAGCCGACAAAACCUACAGUAUCUAAAAUACAGUCUUCUACUGUGCCUAAGCCUAUAGCUAGUCAUUCUUUUACCGACAUAUUUGGUGCUCCGAUUAGGGCGAAAAGCUCUCCAGACCCUGGUGGGAAAACGAAGGGAACUAGCAGCUCUAGUCAGUCCAAGAGUAAAUCCAGUACGGUAACUACCAAUUCAUUCAGUAAAGAAAAAAGCUCAUCUAAAGAUUCUCAUCAUUUACCAAAAGAAAAGUCUCAUUCAGUUAAAAAGUCCCCAUCAUCUAAAGAAAGCCACCGUUCAUCUAAAGAUAUUCAUCAUUCUUCUAAAGAUUCUCAUUCCGUACCUAAAGAAACUAGCUCACUUUCUAAAGACCAUUCCACUAAAGAUACUCUUGAUUCCUCUCAAAAGGAGCGUCCUCCUAAAUUGAAGGAACAUAAAUCUUCCAAAAAGUCUCACUCUUCUAAAGAUGGGCACCAGUCUUCAAAAAUAAAGCACCAUUCUAAAGAAUCUCGUCAUUCUCCUAAACAGCCUCACCAAAGUAAACGAGAUCAUCACAUUUCUCCUAAAGAUACUCAAGCUCCUAGUGAUUUACCAUUACUACCUAAAGAGAGUAAUUCUGUUGCAAAAGAAUCCCAUCGUGUGUUAAAGGACCCACAACCUAGCACUAAAGAAACACUACCUGUGAAAGAUUCUGAAAAUUCAAAAGAAAGCAUUUCUGGUGUCAAAGAGCCUUAUCCAUCUACAAAAGAAAUUUCUAAACCUAUUAAAAAAGAACCUCACCCUGUUAUUAAAAAAGAACAUUCAACCAUUAAAGACCAACAUCAAAUCAAGAAAGAGCCUCAGGCUUCUUCCAAAGAUGUUCAUUCUUCAAAAAAAUCAAAUCGUCCUCCAAAAGAUGCUCAUAGUUCUGUGAAAGACUCAAAGCGGAGUCAUAAAGACAAAGAUCGCCCUCCCAAAGUAUCUCAUGUUCCUAAAGAGCCUGAAACUCCCAUCAAAGAACCUGAGUGCCCUCCCAAAGAACAUAUUAAGAAAGAAAGCCAUCGGCCGCCUAAAAAGUCUCAUCAUAAAGAGAAACAUUCAAAUGACUCAGUUUCUCAUAAGGAGCAUCAAAAAGAUCACAGUGCUUCGAAGGAAGUAAUUCGUUUGUCUAAAGAAGAACCUUUGCCUAAAGAAAUCCCUCACGCUAAAGAGCUGCAUGAGACUCCUAAAGUAACACACUCUUCAAAUAAAGUGCACCAUCAUUCCUCAAAAGAAUCUCACAAAGAGAAUCGCCAUAAACAUAAGGACCCACAUGUAUUCAAACAACCUCGUGUACCUGAUGGGCCGCAACCAAAUAGAGAAAGCUCACAAAUAAAAGAGAUUCAUCAUGCCAAACAUAUCCAUCCCUCAAAAGAAGCAAUACGAAGCUUUAAAGAGCCUCCUCCAGUUCCAAAAGAAACUCACCACACUGAAUCCAAAGAUGUAAAAGUUAUUAAACAGCCAAAACCAGUGAAAGAGCCCAAACCAGUGAAAAGAGCUGCUCCUGAACCACCCAAAAUUCACCAACCUCCCUUAAAGAAAAGAAAACCUAUAUCUUCCUCUUCUGGAAGCGAAGAUGAGGAACCAGCUUUUACGCAGUUGAGAUUGCCUAAUGCUAAAGAGAAAAUUGAGAAACAUAAGUUUAAAUCAUUCAGCCCUCUGCCAGUGGAAGAAGAAAAACCAAAGCACAAAGGUAACGUAACCCCGAUUGAUAGAGAAUCUCCCAGGCAUCCUACUCCGAGUCCACCCGAGGUUGCACCAUCAUCUGUCUCAAGUAAUGAGGAUUCAGGUUCGGAAUCGGAUGAUUCGAAGAGAAGCAGUAAUGUCCGUGCGCAAUAUAGUAGUCCUGCAUCUAGCAUAUCUGAAACUUCACUUGAUGGAAAUCCACCUUUUGCAAUUGACGAGUUGGAAAGCAAUGUUAUAUCACCAUUAAGUAGUGAUUCUGAACCAUCUCCAAAGCCUCCUAAGAGGAAAAUUGUGAGCAGUGAUUCAGAGGAUCUGGAUGAAUCUCCUUCUCCGAAAUCACAAAGAAGUAAAGUAGCUACUAGUGAUUCAGAGGAGUCUGUUUCUCCCAAACAAAUUGAAGAAAAGUCCUCCAGUAGUGAUUCUGACUCUGAUGCUAACAGCGCGGAAUCCAAUUCUGAGCCUGAAGCAGAAGAGGAGGAGGAAGAAAUGCAAGUUAACUCGGAAUCAGAAUCCGAGUCUGACUCUGAUUCAAAUAAAAGUCCAAAAUCAGAACCUGAAUCUGCAUCUUCUCCAGAAGUACCACAUAGGCUUGAGCAAAGUCAUUACUAUCACAAACAGAAAUCCAAGAACCAUUUUCAAGGGAAUGGAAGCGUUAGUAAUGAUGCUCAUGAAAAUUACUAUUCCGAUGAAGAAAACAGCCCUCUGUACUAUCCCCCGAGAGAAAAUAGCCGCUAUCCCCCGAAAGAUGACUAUUUUGAUACCAAUGACUUGUUUAAAAUGCAGAGAAUAAUUAUGACUACCGACGAUCGGCAACUUCUGCAGAAUGUUGUGGAUAUUGUGGAGGUAACUGGUAAAUUUCACGUCUCUAGUACAACAGUUGAAUUUGAUCUUUGCAAUCUGGACACUACGACUUUAAAGCGUUUGAAGUACUAUUUAUUAUGAGCCUGUGAUAUGUCUCAUCAUCAUUCUUGUUUAUAUAUUCAUAUAUAGUGAGAUGACAUCCCCCCCCCUUUUCAUCCAUGUCAUUUUUGAAAUGGAGUAGCUAGUGAUAAGAUGUGGCAAGUGCAAUCCAUGGAACUGCUCCUUUUUCAUUUUGAUGAAGAUUGUUAUCACAAAACAAAAUGACCUAAUUAUUUAUAGUAUUUUUAAUUAGUGAGAAAAUAUUUUAUUUGUAAGCAUGUUAAAAUUUGUUAUUAUAUAGAUAUAAUAAAUAAAUGUUAUUUAUUAUAUACAUAUAAUAAAUAUAAUGUUGACUGUCAUUAUAUUUGUUGAAAAUCAUGAAUAUUACGUUCUCUGAUUUUUUGUGUUCAUAAUUUAUUAGGGACAUUAUAAAGCAUAUUGAAGAAUUAAUAUAUUUUGCUGUAACUCUUAACUUUUGUGUAAUAUUUAUAAAAGCAAAUUUUAUGUUACGUUUGUAGAAGAAUAGAAUUAUAUGUCAAAUAUUUUGUUCUGUUUUCUUGUUAUUGUGAAUUAUAAUAUACCCCUCUUUUGAAAAUUCAAAUACUUAUACUGUAAAUGCACCUUUAUUUUUAUUGUAUGUAAAAAAAAAAAUUUCUUUCUAGCCGUUGGUCUUAGACUAAUCUGUGUUAAAGAUUUUGCUGAACUUAAAAAAAAAAAAAAAAAAAGCUCAUGGGUUUUUGCAAAGUUGCAAUUUCAUUAUACAUCAAGGGGUGAUUGUAUUCUGGCUGUACCAGAAUACAGCCAGAAUGGAAUAUACUACAUGGAAUUCAGGGGUUUUCGUAUUAUUCUUCUGGGUAUAAAAAUUAAGAGCAAGGCAUAUGACUUCAUUGGGAAUAUUGCGGUAUCUCAUUUCUCAGGAAUUUUAGUUCUUGGAUUCUUUCUAAUCAAAAACUUAAAAAUCUGGCAAAAUUUUAAUGGGAUUCCACAAUCUAAAAAGUAAAUUUUGAAACUUUUGUUAAAUCUGAAUAGUAAAAAGUUUUUUGUGGACGCAUACCAGAUUUUGGAGAUUGUGAGGAUUUUUGCAAUUUCUAUUUACAUGAUUUUAAUAUCAAGCGUUGAUUUCCGUAUUUAAUUUAAAAGUUACACGUUGCGAUUCGUAUUCGCAUAGUUUAAGAUUCAUACUCAAGCGGUUCAAAAUACAGCAUUGCGGUUUUAAUUCACACAUUAGAUUUCGUAAUUCGAGUUUACUAGAGUUUAAAAUUCAAUAUCGCAAUUGUAUUCACACUUUUUAAAAAAUAUUAUAUAGCGAUUUGUAUUCAUGCUUUUGUAAUAAUUGAUUUUCGUAUUAAUACAUGAUUUAAAAGCUACAUUACAAUUCAUAUUCACACUAUUCUAAAAUGGAAUAUUGUGAUUCAUAUUCACCCGAUUUUAAAAUCCAAUAUCGCGACUCUUCUAAGAACUAAGGUUUUUCUUAAAUAAGGUGUGAUAUUCUUCAGUGGUAGGUAAUUUAAUCAUAAAUCUUAUUUCAGGAAAUUAUGUUAGGCACGAAACAUUAUGGUGUAUAAAUUGGUAUCGUGAUAUUGAUUUUUUGCACAUUAAAGUUUCAGAGUUUUUCACUUCAAUCACCCCUGAUUGCAUUUGCGUGCAACUCAUAUUCCUUUACCUCAGUGCUUUAUAAUUUACUAAAAGAACUCUAAAAAAUUCGUACUUGCCACAAGGAAUAAUACUGUGCUUCCAAUUUUUGCUGCUGCCAACUUUUUUUUUUUCAAUUAGUCAGUUGUAUUCUCCAGAAAUUUUUUUUUAUUCUUUUGUCAUUUUACUGUAUGUGCCAGUUAAGCAUUUUUUAUUGAUAUUUCAUUGCUUAUAUUGUUGCUAAUUAUGUGUUUUUUAAAGUAUUGUAUGAUUUUGGAAAACACCUACUAAAUUCUGAAAAGUUAUUGUUAAUGUGUAUUGUAUAUUAUAUUUUUGAUGUUUCUCCCUUUUUUAUUGAAAAGCUUAUUAGUAGAAUAGUGUUUUGAAAACAAUAACCUUCCCAUGUUCAAAAACAUUGUUCAGUUGUGUGAAGUAUUUAUUUAUACUUCCAUUUCUUCAAUAAGUUAUUAUCAAUUAUAGCAAUCAAUAUUAUCAAUAUAAGCAAUAAGUAGCUAACAAUUGAUAUAAAAAUUAAGCUCUCUAAAAGGAAAUAAGAUAUGAAGUGUGCACCUUUAUUGAAGGUAGUCCAUUAAAUUGCAAUAUAGGAAGCAUUUGUAGGAGAGCAAGCUAGAAGUGUCCCAAAUUUGGGUUAGGAUCUGCAAAGUAUGAUUACAAAGGUUACUUAAGUGCAAAUAUGUUACUUAGUGUUCUGAUUUCUAAAUAUAUCCAGUGUCAGGGCUUUCUUUGAAAAGUGAAUUCUCAAAUUAAAUACAUAGCUGCCAACUCUACUGGAUUUUCCAGUAGACUACUGGAUUUUACUAGUUUCUCCUGGUCUACUGGUUUAGUAAAAAUUCUCCUGAUUUUUGUACAUUUUAGAAAAUUGAUUAAGUUUCCUUAAAAAAUUCCUAUAUUUCAAAAGGGAAUAAAAUUUUUGUGCAGAUUAUUGCUUGAAUAUUUAAAUAAGUGUCACUGAUAGUGAAGCGAUCCUCAUUUAUAAAAUUCAGUUUACUAACUGAAUGAAUUAAAUGCCUAAUUCUAUUCAAAAUUAUGAAUAAACAUAAGACAUAACAUAUUAUGUGAAAUCAUAACUGGAAAAUAUUGCAGUUUUUCUAUUUCAAAGAGUAUAAAAAUCCCUGAAAUUCUAUAUGUGUAAAAUAUUUAGUAUAUUUUGCAGCAACUAUCAUGAAAUUUAUAUUAUUUUUUGAAAUCUACUGGAUUUUUUCCUUUCCGUGUUAGCAGCUAUGUAAAUAAGAUCAGUUGCAGUAGUUUAAUCAUAAAUUUCUGUGUUUGAUUGCUUGUAGCAUGCAAAUUUUAAUCUGUAACAUAUAUUGUGCUCAAAAUUAUAUAUUUUUAAUUGUUAUUGGGUACUUUUUUUAAACCCUUUUUUGGCAAAUCCAAAAAAAAAAAAAAACCCAACUUUUUUGUUGUUGUUUUUGAUGCUAUUGCUCUCUUUGAAGUAAGUUUUUGUCCUAUUUUAGGAUUUUACAAAAUUAAACUAUUUCGAAAUAUAAAAAAAGGGAAAAUAAUACUUUCAUUUUUAUAUUUUAUCUAAAAAGAAUAUAGAAAAUAAAGUUAUAGUUAAAAUACAUGUUAGGAAGAGCUAAUGACUUUUUGAAAUAUUAAUUUAAUAUAAAUUUUUAAUAAGAAAAACUAAUUCAUUUAUUUUUACAGUGCAAAUUUUUUGUUAUUUAUUCCCUAUGUUAGAGAAAAUUGGGAAUAAGUCAACACAAAUGUUUUUUAACCCUAUGUAUAAAUAUGUUAUGCUUAUUUUAUUUCUUAAGUUGCUUAUUCCUUUGAAAAGCAAUUCCUCAUUCUUUCUAAAAAAAAAAUUUCUGCAACUAGAAAGCAAUAAUUUCUCCUUGUAUGCAAAACUACUUAUUUUUCAAUGUUUCAUCUAUAUAAUGUAAAUGUUCAUGAAAAAAAGGGAUGUGUUGGCAUUUGAGUAUAAUUCAAAAUUUAUUGCAAUGCUUACAUAAAAAAAAAAUAAUAAUAAAAUCACAAAUUUUAAAUAGGGAUUUCUUUAAAAAAUAUUUUAUGUCAUUUAUUUCCUUAAAAUUCCAAUAACAGGUAAGUUUAUUUAAUAUAAAGAUAUCUUAUAAAGUGGUGUAGUGUUGUUGAUCAGUGCUAAGAAUGAGUUUUUAAUUUAUUUAAGUACUUUUUUUGUGUCAUUUGAAUACAUUCAUUAAAAAUAAUUUCAUUUUGUGGAGCAUUUUUUAUUUACAUUGUACAUAGCAUCCAGUGCCAUUAUGUUAUGAAUUGUAUAUUGUACUAUCAGUAUUCUGAAAAAGAAUUUUUUUAAAGCUAUGAAAUGUAGAGUUAGCUUGCAUACUUUUGCAGUUUUCAAAUUUGAUAGUUUUUGAAUGUUUGAGAGAAAAUAAAAAGUAAUUUUUAGUAAGGAUGUUUUAUAAUUAUAAAUAACCCUUUGUUUUGAGAUUUUGAGUAAGUUAAUGUGUAUAAGUAUGAACUUUUUUCUAACAAUUGUAAAAACAUUCUUGUAAUAUGGAUGAAUUAUUUACUUUUGACUGUUUUACUUGUUCUACUUAACUGUUGAAAUUAGUUGCAAAAUUGAAUUGUUCUCUUUUUAAAAUAAAAACCUAUGCUCAUAAAUUUGUAAAAAAUAAAAAAAUUCUUAAAACUU